AUGAGAAGUUUGUAUGAUAAGACAACAGCAAAGAUGGAGAAUUUUAUGUCACAAGAUCAUCAACAGAUAUUUAAUUUUGUUUAUGGAAAUUGUUGUGAAAUUAAAUCACGUUUCAAUUUAAAACUCUUUAUGGAUAAUUCCAAGGAACAUCAUGGCCUUUUUUAUCUACGAAUUAUUGCAUCUAAAUUGAUAACAACAAAACAUUCGCCAUUGUGA